AUGGAAGAGAAGCUGAAACGGAUUCCAUCCGGCUCGGAUGUUGCUGCGCCUUCAGCCCAGAUGUUCGAAGUGGUGGAAAUGCUGGUGAGUGGCAUUCGCGGCAUGGCUCGUCAACGUGACCUUUUUUCUGAUUUGCUGCGAACUGUUGAUUAUACAAAGGCCUUCGUCUCCCAGCGCAAAAAUGAUGAAGAAAAGUUGCGCUUGAGACUGGAGCAGGCCGAAGCCAGUUUAUCCGCUGCUCGAGAGGACAACGAGGCUCUUCGGGAAGAGCUUGUUGAGGCAAAGAGUCGGAGGAAUCUAUGGACGCCCGGUUGCUUGAGGCGGAGGAUGAGAUGGCUCAUCUGAGGGGGGAAGUGAGGCAACUCCGGACGGAGGUAUCCAUUGAGAAAAAACAGAGAGAAGAUUUGCAGUUGCGCUUAUCAGCGCAAAAAGAAGAGCUGGAGGCUGAGUUUGCUGCAGAAAGGGAAGAACUUGAAGCGGACUACCAAAAACAAGUAGAUGAAAUGUACUUCUUCGGCUAUCGUUGCUGUAUGAAGAAACAUGGAAUUAAGCGGGACGUCCCUUCAAUUCCCCCGGGUGAAGAGGAGAAGCUGCGCGGCAAGCCUGCUCAAUGAUGGCUUUUUCCCCACACACAACAUCUUGAUCAAUGGAGGGAAUGUAAAGACAUAUUCAUUUUCAAGGUUAUUCUUUAGUGCAGUUCUUUUUGUUCCUAUUUGAAAAGCUUACAUAUAUGUGGUAAAAUUAUAAUUAUAAGA